AUGAACGUCGACAAUGUUCACCAGCAGCCGCCACCUCCCUAUCGACCCUUUGAGACAGUAGCCGUUGUCGCAAAAGCAUCUUCUCGACUCGCGGGUGGAGAAAGUCGAGCAUUACCCAAGCUACCUGAGGGCCGCUGGAACCUGGCGUGCAACAUCGGCGUGACGAGACCGCAGCUGCAACUACGCAGUGAUGGAAAACUCUCCUGGAUGCAUGUGCCUGAGGAUGCGAAGAUCAAGGGUUCGUCAAGCACUGCGGGAAUGCUUCUGUCAGAUCCUCAUCGCCAAGUGCGUCUGAUGCGGCUGGCGCAAGAUUUGGUCGUCUACGAGCAGGCCAACGUCAACAAAGAGCCGGGCCUUCGUCGACCUUCGAUGGCCAGGGAAGGCCAGUCGGGGCCGCUCACGGUCGAGAUAGGAUCUUCCGGAAUUCUGACGAUCACUGGUGCGGCCGUGUACCAGGUCGACGGCGAUGGGGACGAUAUCGUGAUGGUCACGUCGCACCAGUACCGAGACGGCCGAGACAACGCUUCUGGAGUGGCUGUACAGGAUUUUUCGUUAUGGGAUAGGAAGGGAGGGACAUUCAGAUGGACGCACAGUUGCGAAAAGCCAGGACGAAUAUGGGGCUUUACAGAAACCUUCAUCCUGAUGAAGGUGGGAAACGUUCAUUUACAGCGUCGGAAUGACGGUAAGACCUACGGUACCUUCCUGUGGCCAUCGAUCAAAAACUUUAUCGAGUUCACUCCGCAUCACGACCAUGGACCGGUCAUUAGCACAAAUGGAUUGCUCUUGCGCAAGCCAUGCAGUAAAGCUAUUUUCGUUUGGCAGGUGCGAGACAAGCGCGUUCAUUUUCGCAUCUGGGAAUCGGCAGCAGACAUUCAAGGACAUCUGGCGCUCCGUGGCAGCCUUGACCAGCUUGAGCUGGUUCUCGUCGGUCAGCAAGCCAGGUGGACUCAAUACGAGGUAACGGAACCAAUCUACAAAUGGAGCCCUCUUCGGAGGUUCAUGAUGGAGACGUUUUGA